AUGAGACCAAGUGGUGCAACCGUGGCGUCCGUGGGGCUGUGGGUCUUGGUAACGGUGAGAGUGGUGGUGGACCUGGGAGUGCCUGAACCCCGGCGCUGCCUCCUCUCACACUACCCCCGGCUGGACCCCAGGGCGCUGGCGGUGGUCGAGGCCCUGAGGAACCACCACGCCGUGUUGAGCCACCUGACAAUCCCCAAGUUGUUUCUUGGCGUCGCCCAUACCCCGGAGCUGCUGUCGGCUGCGCAGAGGGACGUGGUGUCCUGCCCUCCACCCUCAGCCCCUGACCCUGUCUGUGCCCUCAUGUGUCUCUCCUUCUGUAACACAGACUUGCCUGUGGGUUGCAUGCUGGUGCUGAUGCUGAUGACCAUGGUGCUGACCAGGAUGGGAGCAGUUCCUGUCCCCACGCCCCUCAGUGCCCUCCCAGGUGCAAGGGGCUGCCCCAUGGCCCAGUUCAAGUCUCUGUCCCCACAAGACAUGAAGGCCUUCAGGAGAGCCAAGGAUGCUUUGGAGGAGUCCCUGCUGCUGAAGAACUGGAGCUGCAGCUCCUACCCAUUCCCCAGGACCCGGAACCUGAGGCAGCUGCAGGUGUGGGAGCGCCCCGUGGCCUUGGAGGCUGAGCUGGCCCUGACACUGAAGGUCCUGGAGACUGUGGCUAACUCCACCCUGGGGGACAUCCUGGACCAGCCCCUUCACACGCUUCGCUACAUCCACACCAAGCUUCAGGCCUGUGUCCCAGCUCAGGCCUCAGCAGGCCCCAGGCCCCGGGGCCACCUCCACCGCUGGCUGCGACGCCUCCAGGAGGCUUCAGAGAAGGAGUCCACUGGUUGCCUUGAAGCCUCUGUCACAUUCAACCUCUUCCGCCUCCUCACCCAUGACCUGAAAUGUGUUGCCAGUGGAGACCUGUGUGUCUGA